UUUCCCAAAAAAAAAAACCAUUAUUAACUUUUAAUGAUUGAUUCAACUAACAUCCAUUAUUUUGCUCCUUCAAUUCUUCUUCUUCUUCCUCCUCCCAAAUUCUCAUUAUACAUAUAUUCUCCUAAACAUUCUGCAAAUUCCCCAGAAAUCAUGAAUAUGUCGGAACAAAGUUUUUUCAAUAAAACUACUGCUACGACGACAACGACGACUUGUUUGUUCUUUCUCUUAAUUUCUUUCUCCACUACUACUAUUAUCUUCUCCUCCGGCGACAGGGAAUCCGCCUCUGUUUUCCCGUUUAUUUUUGCCGCCGCCGUUGUGGUGGCCGGAUUCGUUGUUCUGGCCGUCCGGACCACUGUUGUGGCGUGGAUUACGGUGGUUGUACUCCUAGCUUUCGUCGGAAAACGACGCCGUAUUUUUGCAAAGGAUGGGAAGAAGAUUACGUCGGAGGUGGUAGUGUAUGUGGUGAAUGAAGUGAUUAAGGAGAAGGGAUUCGUUGCUAUUUCUGGAGUUAUGAUUUUGGGAUUAAUCGCAACGGCGCUGUUAUGAGCGCAUUAAUUUACUAAUAACUCUCACUUAGUAAUUAUUAACAAAUUUAAAUCCACUUUUGCUAUGGAGUACAGGAUUUUUUUUUUUUGUUCUUUCACUAUGUAUGAAUAACAGCUUGUUCUCUUCUAACUUUGUAAAUUUAUUAUUCGGAUCUUGGGCUAAAUUUUUGAUAGAGCCAAGUUCAGCCAAA